AUGCGCUCUCAUCAUUCCGGAAAGGCUAUUCCAUGCAAUAUCUUUACUUUUCUUUCGUAUAAUGAAAUUAUAUACUGCACGCUGAUUUGCCAAACGAUCUACAACACGGUCAAAAACUCUGUUGAGCUACAAUACGCCAUCGAACUUGGUGCCCAAAGAUUGAUUCCGGUUCAUCCGCGACCACAUACUGCCUCCUUGGCGGAUUGCUUGCGCACUCUCAAAGGUGGCAAGGCGAACGCGUGGAAUUCCUUUGAGCUCAACGUAACAAAGAAAAUUCGUGUCCCAUCCUCGUUAGCACCCCGGUUCAUCAUCCACCGACAACUCUGCGUUGCUACCCCCCCGAUUCUGACGGAUUACUACGAUCUUAAAUACAAAGUUGUUGAUUCAGACACCUGCACACCUGAAACGGUGAGUGCCCCUCCCCGCGCAUGGAGCAAGGAUUCGGAUCCGAAUCCAGUUCCUGGCAAUCUGUCUGCUGAAACGCAGGACCUUAUGAUCGCCGUCAACAUGCUGAGCGACUCCCACGCAUCCGACUUCGUGUAG